GCUGAAGCCACAUGGGCAGCCUGGGGCUGGGGAGGGCAGUGGCUUGGCCUUGGCUGGGCUUCAGGAGCUGUGGCAGCUGCUCCCAGCUCUCCUGCCUCCCUCUUCACCUGCGAUGCCAGCGGCACAUUCGGGAAGAAGCCAGUAGCCGAGGAGGAGUGGUACUUCAGAGAGAAGGAGCAGGAGCAGCUCUCUGACUUACGGAAACACCACGAGGAAGAGACCCAUCACCACCAGAAAGAGACUGAGCAGCUGCAAAAAGAAAUUGAGCCCCAUAAGCAUAAGAUCAAGCAGCUUAAAGAUGACUAAGCUGGUGCUGUUGUUGAAUGUGGGGACAGGCCCACUACUGAAUGUGGAUC